AGGGCCAUUGAAAAAGUUUAAUUAUUUUUGGAUUUCUUCGAUAUAUAUAAAUGUAUUCUCUUCGCAUUUUUAUAUCAAUUACUAGUUAAUGGAACUCCUUCAAGAUCAUUGAAGACUAUCACCGAGGAGCUGGGAGCGGUGGGUGUGUUCCCGCAGCCUCCAAGAGACGCACUGGUUCCACUGGUCUCCCAGCAGCUGUCAGACUGCUGGUCCUGAAGCCUCCACUGUAAGGCGUGCACUGCGCAUGCGCCGGCGCUGGACAGCUCCGAGAGGGAAAUUUAAAAAACGGUUCAAGAGGAUCCAGAUCAUCACCACUACCUCUACUGCAGACCACGUCCUGAUUCCCGCGUCCUCCACUGGAUACCACGUCCUGAUCAGCGAGUCCAGUACAGUUUGGAGACCACGUCUUGAUCCCCUCGUACUCUACUGGAGACCACGUCCCGAUCACCGCGUCCUCUACUGGAGACAACGUCCCGAUCACCGAGUCCAGUACAGUCUGGAGACCACGUCCCGAUCACCGAGUCCAGUACAGUCUGGAGACCACGUCCUGAGACGCGCUCCGUCCUUAUCCUCCUCACGUCAUCUCCAACAGAGGUAAACACGAGAUGAUCGAAGGAGGCCUCCCGCCCAGGAUGUCCGGCCUCAUGGAGCCCUCCGGCCCGGAGCCGAGCCACCAGGACUACAGGCUGCUGACCACCGACCCCUCCCAGCUGCGGGAGGAGGACCUCCCAGGGGACCUGCAGUCCCUGUCGUGGCUCACCUCCGUGGACGUCCCCCGCCUGCAGCAGAUGGUGGACGGCCGGGGCCUGGGCGACGGGGCCCAGGGGCCCCCGGGGGCCCGCCUGCUGGAGCAGCAGACAGCUCAACUCAACAUGACGAUGUCCGGGGCCCACGCCGCCAUGCUCCACCUGCAGAGCAACAUGCAGCACGGCCCCCUGGGAGUCAACCUGCUCUCAGCCCACACCGGGAGUAUGUCUCCGUUCUCCAUCGGCGGCCAGCCCUCCCCCGGGUACCCCUGCCCCGCCUCCACCUACCAGCCCGCCCCCCCGCAGGUGUACUCCCUCUCGCCGGCGGGACAACAGUGCUCUCCUGCUGGGCUCUACAGCAACGUGGCCUUCAGCAGCCAGAGUCUGUUCACCCAGCCCCGCCUUGCCCCUCAGAACCAGGAGCUGCAGCCCAAAGCCUUCCCCAAGCCCAUCUACUCCUACAGCUGUCUGAUCGCCAUGGCUCUGAAGAACAGCAAGACGGGCAGCCUGCCGGUCAGCGAGAUCUACAGCUUCAUGAAGGACCACUUCCCUUACUUCAAGACGGCGCCGGACGGCUGGAAGAACUCGGUCAGACACAACCUGUCGCUGAACAAGUGCUUCGAGAAGGUGGAGAACAAGCUGAGCGGCUCGUCCAGGAAGGGCUGCCUCUGGGCGCUGAACCCCGCCAAGAUCGACAAGAUGGAGGAGGAGAUGCAGAAGUGGAAGCGCAAGGACCUGCCCGCCAUCCGCCGCAGCAUGGCUAACCCCGACGAGCUGGACAAACUGAUCACCGACCGCCCGGACAGCUGCCGGCGCAAGGCGGAGGCGGGGGUGACGCGGCUGGCCCACGGCCCCGCCCACGGCCCCGCCCACGGCCCCGCCCCCGCCCAGCUGCAGGCCCCGCCCGUGGUCACGCUGUCCCUCCAGUGCCUCCCCAUGCACCACCACCACCAGCACCACCACCAACACCACCAGCAGCAGCACCAACAGCAGCAGCAGCAGCAUCAGCAGCACCAGCUCCACGCCCUGCAGGCCCGUCUCGCCCCCAUGUCCCCCAAGUCCCCCGCCCCGGCCCAGACGCCCCCCCUCCACAGCCCCAUGGUGCAGCACCCCGGGAAGCUGCCCCAGGGCGACUACUACGGCCUGCAGGGCGACUCCGAGGUGGACGCCCUGGACCCCAGCAUCAUGGACUUCGCCCUCCAAGGGAACCUGUGGGAGGAGAUGAAGGACGACAGCUUCAACCUGGACGCCCUGGGCACCUUCAGCAGCUCCCCGCUGCGGCUGUCCGACUGCGACCUGGGGGGCCUGGCCCUGCCCCCCGCCCCCCUGAGCGACGUGCAGGUGACGGGGCUGUACGCCUCCUACGCCGCGCUGGACGCCCUCUCCGCCCAGUACAUGGCCGCCGCCCCCGCCAACAGCAAGCCCAUCGCCCUGCUUUAG